AUGAAUGGAGAAAAUCGCAGCGAUGAUUUUCUCGAGAAAUCGGGCGCCCUGUGCCACCAACUCCACGCGGUUCUGGAGCAGCAGCUCGAGCUCAUCGCUUCUCGACAGAAUCAGCUUCAAUCCCUCAACGAAGAAAUCUCGACUCUGGGCUUAGAAAGAGAUCGACUCAAAGACGAAAUCUUGAGCUUGAGAAAACUUGGCGAAGCGUUGAAAAACGAAGCGUUUCUCGCCACUGCCGAGGAAAGAAAGAGAGAAGACCCGACGCCGCAGAGCACGAAAACGAGCAGAGAUGUGCGUCUCCGCAAGGCCAAUUCCGUUUCUUUUGGGCCUCGCUCAGCCGUAGACGAGCAACUGAGUGGCAGUGCUCUGAGGCACAUGGACUCAGUUGACUUCAGUGCUGCUUCCUCAACGAACACUCAGGAAGAACUGGCGCAAAAGAAGCAGCGCAUGAGCAGAGUUAUCGACGACUCUGCUCGUCAUCAUUACAGUAUUUCGCCUGAGCUAGAGGCAAAAACUCAAGAAGCCAUUCACAACAAAUACGGUGGAAGAGAAAAGGCCGAAAACGCUGCAAAAGUGAUUCAACAAUUUUACCGCCAAUACCGUCUCAAACAGUCCUUCAGGAAGCUGAGAGCGGCGAAAACAAGACGACUGACGUUGGACUCGCUCAAUACAGAGCUAGAACAGGCCAGAAAAGAAAAUCAAAAGCAGCUUGAAAGUACACAGAUUUCCACGUCUUCCUCCGAAUCUUCGACAACGACGUCUUCACAAAAGUCGCCAAAGAGGAGUCCAUCCUCUCCGCCGCCGAAUGAGUCUGUUCGAGGAUCAAAGUCAGACCUCGACCAAAGUCUCAUGCCUCAAGACAAAUCAGCCGAAUCCAGGCUGAGUAGCAUCUCGUUGGAUCAUCGCAGCGAUGUCAGCUUACUCAAGCAAAGAGAAAGCUACGCAGAAUCAGAUGAUUCGGACGAAGAAGAACCAUCGACAAAAAGCCGUCAUCCAAGUGAAGCCAAAUCAUUCGAUUCCGACUCGUUAAUCAGGAAUCAGCGACUAUCCUGGGUCUCCGGCUCCGUUGGAAGCAAUACCGACUUGCUAAGAAAGCGAAUGUACAGAAUCGGGCUCAAUUUGCUCAAUAAAAAGCCCGAAAAGGGGCUCGCAUUUCUCAUCAAGCAAGGAUUUGUUGAAGACUCGCCGAAUGUUAUCUCGAAUUUUCUCAUCACUAGAAAGGGAAUUUCGAGGCAAGUUAUCGGAGAAUACCUUGGAAACGGCUCCGAUCGAUCAAAAAAGAUCCUCAAGGCGCUGUGCAAUCAAAUGGACCUGGCCGACCUUGAUGUUGACGAAGCUCUGAGGAAGUUUCAAUCGUCAGUCAGAAUACAGGGCGAAGCGCAACGAGUGGAGAGACUGGUGGAGGCGUUUUCCCAGCGAUACGUUGAGUCGAAUCCCGAGAUUGUCAGAAAGCUGAAUAAUCCCGACUCGAUCUUUGUCCUCGCGUUCGCGAUUAUUAUGUUGAACACUGAUGCUCACUCUCCCUCGAUGCGAAAAGAAAAACGCAUGUCUGAAGAAGAUUUCGUCAACAAUCUUCGAGGAAUCGACGGUGGCCAAGAUCUCGAUCAGAAGAUGCUUCAAAACGUCUACAGAAGAGUCAAGAAUAAGGAAUUCAAAUCUGUCGACGAUCAUAUUAAUCAGGUGUUGGUCAUUGAACAACGAAUAAUUGGGAAGAAACCAACGCUUGCUCUUCCUUUCCGGCGGCUCGUUUGCUACUGUAGAAUGUAUCAAGUCACGGAUGUGACGAGGCCGCAAAGGCCAGGACUUCAUACACGAGAGGUCUUUUUGUUCAACGAUUUGUUGCUUGUUACAAAGGCCAAAAGAAGAAGCCAAUAUACCUACCGCCUUGAUGCACCCUUGACUUCAUUGGAAGUCGAAUACUUCGGAAACGAGCACUAUCCCCACGCAGUUCGUAUUAUCAAGACUGGAAAAGUGCUCAUAACGUUCUCACUGCCAAAUCAAGAUGAUUGUAAAAACUUCAUCCAAGACAUUAGCGAGUCAAUUCUUGAAGUUCGCCAAAUGGAAUCUCUCAGAAUAGAGGAAUCACUGGAGUCGCUAGAAGAGCAGAAAGAAGCUCAAAAGUCUCCCCUGACAGCUUCGCGGAAGCUUUCCUCCUCCCUUCACAAUAUUUCAAUUUCACGGGACAUCGCGGGCUCCUCAAGUUCAACCGUUUCCACCGCCAUCAGUGCUGCAGCUGAUAAUUCGCAAGCGAACUCGAGGGCGCAAAAGGCAAGAUCGUUGCAGUUGACAUCACCAGAUAAGCCGAAUUCUUUGAUGAUCGGCGACAGGAGUCUUGCUGCUCAAGGAGAUAACCCGCAAUCUCCGAUGUCGAUAUUUUCAAUCUUCUCAAAGAACGGCCGCAAGAAUUCUCAAACCGCGAUCGACAAAAUCAAAGAAGUUCACUAA